UUAUCCUUCUCCCGUGUUGCCAGGCCAGGUGUCGGGCCGGUCAGUCGGUCGCAUGGAUGGCUGCGCGGUAUCUCCUGGGAGGAACCAUGAAGCAGAUUUGCUUCUGCACCACCUCCUCCUUUGCAAGUCAGGACUGGAGCAAGAACGACGAGAAACUCCUGCAGGCCGUGGAGUACAACGAUGCAGAGAGAGUUGCUUCACUCCUUCUCCGGAAGGGCCUGGUGCCCACCAAGCUGGACGCGGAAGGGAAAUCUGCGUUCCACCUGGCCUCCAUGAAAGGGAAUGUGGACUGCUUAGAAGUGAUGCUGGCCAACGGAGCGGACGCCAUGACAACCGACAGUUCAGGUUACACGGCUUUGCAUCUCUCGGCAAAACACGGCCACCCGCAGUGCGUGAGCAAACUACUUCAGGCAUCCUGCCCUGUUGACGUGGCGGACAGCAAUGGACGGACUGCGUUGCAUCAUGCGGCGCUCAGCGGAUGUAUCUCUUGCUUGGAGAUUCUCUGUGAUUUCAAGGCUUCUUUGAACACCAAGGACCAGGAUGGGGCAACCCCACUGAUGCUGGCAGCCAAGAUGAGCCAUUCGGAGCUUUGCCAUUACCUGCUGCACCGGGGAGCGGCCGUGAACACAAGAGAUCAACGGGGCCGAACAGCCCUGAUGGUGGCGUGCGAGAACGGCAGCGUGGAGACAGUGGAGGUUCUCGUCCAUGGCAGGGCCCGGGUUGGUCUCAUUGAUGCCACGGGGCACGACGCGGCGCACUAUGGCGCAGCCACGGGCAACGCCCUCAUCCAGCACUACCUGCAGGAGGCUGUCCACCGCCCUUCCCCCCCCACACCAUUUCAAGAAGAGGAAUCAGCUGAAUUAUCCUCGCAGGCUUCCUCCCCCUGGCAGCCACUGUCCAAGGGCAAAAACAACAGCCCAAAGAAGAGAAAGGCCCCCCCGCCACCUUUGAGCGCCCCCGACCAGGGGGAAUGUGAGGCUUACGAGGAAAUUGUGCGGCUGCGGCAGGAGAAGGCACAGUUUCUACAGAGGAUCCGGAGCCUGGAACUGCAGCAGGAGAAACAGAAGCAAGAGAGACCGGGGCUGGAGGACGCCUCCUUACACACUAUGGAGAAGCAGAUACAAGAUCUUCAGAAGCAACUGGCUGAGAAAAGAGAUGAGAAGGAGAAUAUGGGAAAGGAAUUGGAAGUGCUCCGGAGCCGUCUGUCAUCGCUGGAGAACGAGAAGGAGAACACCAGCUACGACAUCGAAACGCUGCAGGAUGAAGAACUGCUGGAGUUCCCAGGGGCUGAACUGCUGCUUUCCAAAAAAAGCUUGAGCAUCUCUACAGAGGAACUCUUGGCCACCUUGCAGGGCCAGGUGCAAUCCCUGACCCAAAAGAAUAAAGAGUUGAUGGAGAAAAUACAGAUCCUGGAGAAUUACGAGAGAGACGAGAGCGACGCGGACGCCUCCGGGGACUUCAUCCCUGUCAUCUUGUAUGACUCACUGAGGUCAGAGUUUGACAGGCUGAAGGAGCAGCAUGCCAAGGCCCAAGCAGCCCUGGAGGCCCUGGACGGCACCACCGAUGAAGCCUCCUGCAAGCUCAUCCCGGCGGAGGCUUACGAGAAUCUGAAGUCUGAUUACGAGCAGCAGAUCCGAGCCCUCAAAGAAGCUCUGGAGAAGAGUGGCUCGCUGGCAGAUGGGAAGAGCAGAGGCCGAGAGAUGAGGAACUCUGGCUUGGGGACGGAAGAGGAGAAGGAGGCAAGGGGAAGCCAGUUGGAAGAGAUGGCCAAAGAGCUGAGCGAGACUCGGGAGAAAUACCAGGCCACCCUCAAGGAGGCGAGGCUCCUUCAGGAACAAAUCGAGUUAGGAAUCCUGUCAGUGGAGGAGAAGGAUGUCGUUGAGAGCUCCAGAGCGGAACUAGAGACGGUGAAGGCCGCUCUGCACCGGGCUCAAGAGGACCUCAAGGAGCGAGACCAGAAGGUGAAGGAUUUGGAGGGAAAGCUGAAGGAAACGUCCACGCAGGUUCCCUCCACGAAGGAGUAUGAGGAGAUGAAGGCCUUGCUUGCCGUCUCCCUGGAGGAGGCCUCCAGAGAGAAGGAGGCCCUGCUGACGAGGUGCAGCUCUGCUGAGGUAGAGGCGAAGGAACUGAGAGAAACCUUGAAGGAGAAGAUCCGCGAGAUGGAGAAGGCCGAAGGAGGCCUCUCGGAAAGCCAGAGCCUGCGGGAGGAAGCUGGCGAGCUGAGGAAGAGGCUUGAGGCUGCGACAAAGCAGAACGUGGAAGCGCAGGCCCAGGUGGAGAAGCUCAAAGAGGGGCACAAGAAACUGGAGAAGGAACUGCAGGCCUCCAAGGACAGGCUGGCCUCCCAAUGCGUGUCCAAGCAGGAGCACGAGCAGGCUGUGGCAAAAGCGAGGACAUCGCUGUCCGAGGCAGAAAGGCAGGUGGCGGAGCUAAAGGAGAAGCACGCCACUACCCAGAAGGAGCUGGCCGAAUUUCAGAAGAAGUCAGAGAGCUACAGGCGAGAAUCGGUGCCCCUGGUGGAGCAUGCCCGUGCCAAGGAAGCCCUGGAGGGCACCUUGUGGGAGCUGAAGGCCAAGUCCAAACUACUGGAGCAAGAGCUGAAUGCUAAGAACAAGGCGUUCGCCCAGCUGCAGGCGGAGUUGAACGCCGUCCAUCAGGACGCCGUCUCCAAGGAGGUCCAUGAGCAACUCCGGGCCAGCCUGCAGGGUGAAGUGGAAGCCCUGAAUGCCAAGCUGGCCGAUUUGGGGCGGAAGCACGAGCGCACCUGCACCGAGGUCUUCCAGGUGCAGAGGGAGGCGCUUUUCAUGAAGAGCGAGAAGCAUGCGGCUGAGGCCCAGCUGGCCAUAGCGGAAAAGCAGCUGAAGAGCUUGCGGGCCGAGUCGGACCGGAUCCAGGAGCUGCACAGCCACAUCGAGGAUUCGGCCAAGCUGGUAAAGGAGAAGGACAAGAAGAUCACAGAACUUUCGAAAGAGGUUUUCAAGUUGAAAGAAGCUUUGAAUGACCUGUCAGCACUCUCUGGCCAGGCAGUGGCCUCGCCCAAAGCGGUCUCCCCGCAGAAGACAGAGAACCAGCAGGAGGUGGCCACGCUCCAGGGCAAGAUCAAAGAUCUGGAGCAGCAGUUGGUUGAGGCUGAGAGGCGGCACGCCUAUGUUGUUUCUCUGUACAGGGGACAUCUUCUCUAUGCUAUUCAGGGUCACAUGGAUGAGGACAUCCAGAGGAUUCUCUUCCAAAUCCUGAAGAUGCAAAGGCUCCAAGAGCAGGGAAGAUGA